GCCCGUUUCAAUUUGAGGUUAUGUUUUAUUCAAUAAAAAAUAAAUUGAGAAUUUUGAAGAAAUGACUCUUUUAUCUUAUGCCUCUAUAAUACUUCGGAAAAGUGCUGCUCUUCGUUAUCCCUUCAAUUGUCAAGGAUGCGCAAAUAUAGUCAGAAAUGUGACUUCAGGCUCCGUAACUACAAAAACAAUCCAUGAUGUAAAUACAAACGUAGUAAAGGACGUGAUUCUAUUUAAAUAUGAAAACCCAAAGUUCUACAAGUACAUGAACUUAUUCGCAGUGGUACAGUAUAUGUUUUGGUCGUAUCUGGGCAUAUUUGCUUUUUCGUCUUUGCGAGAUGCGCCGGUCGAUAAAUCAAAGAUUGACGACGACACGCCGUGGUUUCGACGAAUAAAUCUCGGUGAAAACAAGUAUAGAAAUACCUUGGGAACUUUAUGUGUAUUAAUCGGUUUUGGAUCCAUAGCUAUGAUAUGGAUGUACACACUCAAGUCAGUCCGUUAUCUGAUCCUCAACAAAGGUGGAAAGCAUGUGACGUUUGUAACAUACACUCCUUUUGGAAAGAACCGGAUAAUGAAGGUGCCUCUUGAGUUCGUGUGCUGUAAGGAAAGCCGAGUCAACGCAAGAGUUCAAUUGCCGCUAAAAGUAAAGAACACCUGGAUGCAUUACAUGUUGGACGUGAGAGGAGAGUUUAAAAACCCACUGCUUUUCGACAGCACAGCCGGUCUUGCUAGGAAAUGGUAAACUUUAAAUGCCACAGAAAUAAAUGUAUCAUAAUGCUAUCUUGUAAAUAAAUUGAUUUGAUUAGUCUUA